AGAGGUUGUUUUUAAUUUUUGAUUUAAUUUGUUUUAAUCUAAAAACAUCCAUGUCGCGAUACUUAUCGAAAAGAGGAGAGAAAAUCAUCGCAUAGUAUCGCAUUGCUUGACGUAACCGGAACAGCUGAUCUGAAUAACGGAGAAAAGGAAUAUUAUUGAAAUGCGCAUUCCCGGAGCCCUCUAUGCAGCACGUGGCCGCGCUCCCCAGAGCGAGAAGGAUGUACCAUUCCAGGAGAUUCUGCCGCUGCGCCUGAAGAACACGGUGAGCGGUAAGGCAGACUCUGGAUCGGAUGUGGCCUGUCUGCAGGAGAUGGGCAUGCUCUUCGCCUGCAUGAAGGACAACGAGUUCGUGGAAAAGUACUGCCACAAAGAGAUACAGCAGUUCCAGAACUGCUUCAAGUGCUACAUGGACCGCAAAUUCGAGGCCAAGAAAACCGUCAACCAAGGAGUCGUGCAGCCGGGCAACAACCUUAACUAUAAGCAACUGAACAAGUACAUGCGUCGCUUCCCUAAUCCCGUCUAGAGUAGAUCCGACUGUUGAGCCUUUUAAUAAUACAUACACUAUUUACAAAGUA